AUGGGGGAAAGAAGCGAAGAAAAAGAAGCCCAUGUGGUCGUGGACAUCCCCGGCGGAGGAGGGGAAGAAGAAUCCACCUCCUCCUCCGCCAUCGGUGCCCUCAAGCACCACCCGCUGGCGGAGAUCUCGCAGAGCCCCGGCCAUCUCCUCCUCCUCAAGCUCUGGCAGCGGGAGGAGGACCUCCUCGGCCGGCGCAUCGCCGCCGGCGAGACCCUCCUCGAUUCCACCAAGCGAGAAGUCUUCCGCCUCUGCUGCCUCUUCUUCGCCUUCCACGGGCUCUUCCUCAACCUCCUCUUCGCCGGCGGUAACGGCGGCGGCGCCGCCUGCGGAUCCUACCGCCGGUGGUGGCUCCCCUGCUGCCUCUCCCUCAUGACGUCGCUGGCCCUCGUGAGCGCCGUGCAGGCCAGGCUAUGGCGGUUCUGGGCGGCGGCUAGGCGGGUGCAGAGAGAGAGAGUGGAGGCUCGCGCCCUCGCGAGGUGCGUGCAGGAGCUGAGGAUGAAGGGGAAGAGCUUCGACCUGUGUAAGGUUCCCGUCGUGGGGGGAGGCCGAAGGAUGAAGAGCGCUGGUGAGGAGAUGAAGUGGAGAACGCUCCGCUGGUGCCGCCGGAAUGUCCUCAUUAUCUCUCUCUUCUGCUUCACGGCGGCGGCUGUCCCCGCCGGGAAGCUCGUAAUCUGUGGCUGA